AUGAGAGAUCGGACAGGAGCUGGACGUCCACAAGAUCCAACAAGUGGGCAGAGAAUGGCAUAUUGUAUAUAGCGGUGGAAACUGGACAUUAAAGAAAGGGAAUUAUAUGUGGACGCAUCACAUAAGAGAAUUUAAGGUCCUAGAGAAUGCAACAAAGAAACUCAGAAUAUGGGGAUUAAAAAGAUACGGUUUUUAGUGGAUUAUUAUUUGGCUUUAAUUCUGAUUGGAUCUCAGCUUUGGACUAGUUCUGUCUGUGAACGGAACCCUGGAUAUAAGAUAGAUACAAGUCCAUCGGUGACGGUGCAGCGAGGUCUCUGUGUCCAUGUUCCAUGCUCAUUUACCGUGCCCAGAGAUGUACGGUUAUCUAUAUCUACCACUGGUAUUUGGUAUAAAAUCAUCAAUAAACUUGGAAUUCCUGUUGCUUUUAAAAAUAAUCUUAUACAUCAGUCAGAAAAUGGACGAUUCUUUCUGACCGGAAAUGUGUACAGAGGAGACUGCUCAUAUUCCAUAGAAGACCCAUUGCCUACAGAUGAGGGAAGAUAUUUUUUUAGAUUUGAAGACAAUCCCAUAAAGUUCAUCUAUCAGGAUAUCCAGCCUUACGUGGAUGUAACCGAUCUCACACAUAAACCUACCAUCUCCUCUGCAAGGCUGGUGGAUGGGGAGAAGGUGACUUGGACCUGUACAAGUCCUGGUAUAUGCCGAAAUAUAAAACCACAGAUUACAUGGGAAGGAACCAUGACUGGUAUAAAACAGAAGAUAUAUGAUGUCACCUCUGGAGAUGGCAGCAGAACCUUCCAUUCAGAUAUCACAUUCACCCCAAGGAAGUCACACAACAAUUCCACAUUAUUCUGUAGAGUGACCUUCAAAUCAGGAGUGACCACAGUGGAGAAGAGGACGCUGAAUGUUGAGUAUUCUCCAUCUAUGAAGAUCAUCAUUGAAGGUGCUGAUACUGAUGAUGUCACCGCUGUGAAUGUGACAGACGGGGAUUCUAUAACUAUGAAGUGCAUUGUAGACAGUAACCCGGAGGCUUCCAUUACUUGGUAUAAAGAAGACAUUGAGGUCCAGCCGACUAUAAGUGACCGGACUGUCACCCUUACACUCAGCAACAUUACCCUGAGUGAUGCUGGGAGAUAUCGAUGUUCUGCAGAGAAUGAACAUGGGGCCGCACACAGGACGGUAGAAAUCAUAUAUCACAGCCCAGAGGUACAAGGUGCCUUGGCACAAGGUUACAUUGUGGCGGCUGCAGUAGGUGGAGUAGUCUUGCUGCUGCUGAUAAUAGCGAUUGGAGCUUUACUAAUAAUGUUCUUCAGAAAGAAAAAACAUCAAAAUAUGAAUGAGAACCUGAAAGACAUGAGUAUGAAAGAUGCAGAUGCAAUGUACUGCAAUCCAGAAUGUAUAAUGCAUAAUGUUGUUUCUCCAGAAGACGCCGCACAAAAAGAUCUUAAAUCUUCUCAAGGAGGUGACUUAGUAUAUAUGAAUUAUGGCGAUGUGCAGUAUGCAAGCGUUCAGUUCUCCAAAGUGAAACCAAAGGUGGUCGCCUCUGAAGACUCAACGACAGAAUACUCAGAAAUAAAGAAAACACAAAAUAAUUACUGAAUUAAGGGAACUUCAAUUCAAAGGGCAUAAACAAGGUAUGCCCCAAUAUACAGUGUGCCUGCUUCCAGCUAGAGCAGAGAUUCAGUUUGCUGCCCUUAGUCUUGUAUAUGGCCACCUAGUAAAACUUGUAUUGUUUCUCUCCUCCGCUUUCAUCUUGAUUUCUGUAUUACAAUCAUCCAAGUCAUGCUUUUUACUGCCACCCACAAAGCUCUCCACAGUGCUGCACCAUCCUAUAUUUCCUUCUACAUCUCGUCUACCACCAUACCCACGUUUUCUAUUCUUCCAGCAAUCUAAGACUAGCCUCCUCCAUAAUCCACCCCCCCUUCCCCCAUUAGGGGCAUUUUGGGAAAUUAUAUUGGUCCUGGUCUCCUGGAAUAUAAAAAAGCAAUUGACCUCAUGUUGUAGUUGGGUCCAAACUGGCAGCAAGUGGGGCCAACAUAAGGCAGCAUCAGCAAACUGUUAUAAUAAUUAUAUUACAAUGUGCAAAUAAUACAUCCUCUACAGUUUCACCAAAUUGUCACAUAUUCAAGUCACUAAGUUGUCAUAUAGUGCAAAAAUAUUAUGUUGUAAUUGUCUGUUACUUUACAAUGCUGAAAAACAGUGUCAUGCAGCAUGUACAGAAUGUAAUGCAAUAAAAAAGUUCUACAGAGGAAAUGGCUACGCAACUCAAUAAUCCCUUCAUAUAAAAUGCAAAUAAUGUCACCAUACAAGAAAACCGCAGCGCUUCAAAGGCUUGAAUAAAAUUGUAAAUUGUAAAGCUACAUACACACGAUAGUGAAAACCGGACAUGUGAUAGGCGUUUUUUUUUAACGGCCACCACACGUCCGUUUUAAGACCAGUAGUAGUCUAUUCAUUGAUGGUCAAUGAACAACUGUCGUGUGCUUGUAGCCUAUAAGUUUAUUCACCCAUGUCUCAGCUUGGCUGAAACAUGGGUGAAUACAUUCUUGCACUUUUAUUCAAGCCAUUGGAGUGCUGCCAUUUCCUUGGAUGUUGUUUGGAUGCCUGAUCAGGAUCAAGAACUUUGGCACCCAGCUUCAUUUGGUAUUUUGGAGAGUGCUGCCUGUUUUUCCAUUCCCAUGGACUUUUUUGAAAUCUUUUAUUAUUAUUAUUAUUAUUAUUAUUAUUAUUUUAUUA